CAGAACGCGCCAGACCCGAAAAGUUCAGUUUCGAAAAAAUUAUCCCGGAAACUUAUUUCGCUGUAAAUUCAAAUCCAUCUAAAGCCAGGAAAGCACAGAUCGCGAACGUAAAUAAACAAAGCGAACUUUAAUCGUGAGGGACUAGAAAAGUCAAAAGGUCCGCCAACAUGGGUUGCGCCACCACCAGCGUCAAGAUCACAGCCAUCGCUCUAAAUGCCAUUUUAGGGUUUCUGGCUGUGGGGGCUAUCGGUUGGAUUGCUUACAAUGCGGACACGGAGACGGAGGAAUUCGUCAUAGCUGCCUACAUUGCAUGCUCGGUCAUCCUGCUCUUUGCCCUGCUGGGCAUCUUUGCAGCCAUUCGGGAAUCAGUGGUUCUGACAGCAACGAGCGCCGUGUUCCUGCUGAUCCUGGCAAUCCCGCAGAUUGUGAGCACCUGCCUCUUCCUGCACCAGUACGAUGUGAAGAGCGGCCAGGAGAUGGUGGAGGUGGCUUGGGAGGCCAACAACAUGGACGCACUGCAGCAGAAGCACGAGUGCUGCGGUAAGGCCAGUGCCCAGGACUAUGUGCAUCUCAGUCAGCUGAUCCCUCCCAGCUGCUACGCCGAUCUGCAGCAGACACCCGACCAUCUGUUCGUGGAGGGCUGCAUCGAAAAGCUGCAGAGCUUCUACGAGAGCGACAAGCAGCGGUUCAUCAUAGUGUCCUGGGUCCUUGUGGCCUUCGAGCUUAUAUGCUUCGCCCUAGCCGUCUUCCUGGCCGUCAGUUUUCAGAAUAAGCAGCGGCGAAUGGAGUUUUAGGACGCCUGGGGGAAUCUCAGCCUGAUCCCAGCACAGUACAAAAGGAACUCGGAAUUGGGGUCUCACUACUAGCUUGUCUCGCUUCGACAUAUUUUGAAACCAAAAGAUUGGACAGUCAUAAAUUAUUCACUCCUACUUUAAACUUACCUGUAAUUAAACUACAUAAAUAUAGUUCAAUUAUCCAUUAUAAUUAUCAUAAUAAA